AUGGCGCGUCUCGGCCGCACGGGGUUUCUUACCCUCGCAGUGAUUUUUCACCUGAUAUAUGCCUACUCAAUCUUUGACAUUUAUUUCGUUAGUCCAAUCGUCAGCGGAAUGCAAUCUUAUCGCGUGGAGCGGGAGCCCGGCGCCGAAGCUCCAGCCAAACGUCUCGUCCUGUUUGUCGCAGACGGAUUGCGCGCGGACAAGGCAUUCGAAUUAUCAGUCGACCCGGACCUUCCUGAAGACUCGAACAGCGACGAACUGACUUACCUUGCUCCUUUUAUUCGAUCACGCGUGUUGUCCCACGGCACCUUCGGAAUCUCCCAUACUCGAGUCCCAACGGAAUCGCGCCCUGGACAUGUUGCUUUAAUUGCCGGAUUGUACGAGGAUGUCUCGGCUGUUACGACAGGAUGGAAGUUGAACCCCGUGAAUUUCGAUAGCGUCUUCAACCGGAGCAGGCAUACGUGGAGCUGGGGGAGUCCUGACAUCCUUCUGAUGUUUAAGGAGGGCGCUGUGCCUGGAAGGGUCGAUGCGGAUACAUACGGAGAGGAAGCGGAGGACUUCUCGAGCGACGCAAGGGCUCUCGAUGUAUGGGUAUUUGACAAGGUGAAGGACCUUUUUGCGUCCGCCAAGAGUGAUCCGGAGCUGGAUGCCAAGUUACGCCAGGAUAAGAAUGUCUUCUUCCUACAUCUUCUUGGACUAGAUACUACGGGCCACGGAUUCCGUCCUUACUCGAAGGAAUACCUCCGCAACAUCAAACUAGUCGAUCAAGGAGUCAAGGAAAUUACACAGCUCGUGGAGAACUUUUACGGCGACGACAAGACAGCAUUCGUGUUCACCGCGGAUCAUGGCAUGAGCGAUUGGGGCAGUCACGGAGAUGGGCAUCCCGACAAUACGCGAACACCUCUGGUCGCUUGGGGGUCUGGAGUUGCGGCGCCAAAGCAACCCAUGCCUGGCGUUCCUUCAGGGCAUGAGGAUAGAGUCUCGGCCGAUUGGCACUUGCAGCAGGUUCAAAGGAAUGAUGUUGCGCAGGCCGAUGUUGCUGCUCUCAUGGCUUACCUGGUCGGGCUUGACUUUCCUACUAAUUCUGUUGGCCAGCUUCCUCUGGAGUACAUUGAUGGUACCCCAAAGGAUAAGGCCUUAGCAGCCUUGGCCAACACGCAGGAGGUCCUGGAAAUGUAUCACGUCAAGGAAGAACACAAGAAGGCGGCCCUACUUCGGUAUCAGGCGUUUGAACCACUGGCAAACGACGGCGAGCAUUCCCCGGAGCAGCAGCUCUCGAUGAUCAAGGAUUUGAUUGAUGGCGGUUCCUACGAAGAUGCGAUCGAGAAGUCCGCGGCUUUGUUCGUAACAGCUCUGGAAGGGCUUCGCUAUCUUCAGACGUAUGACUGGCUCUUCUUGAGGACCAUUGUGACUUUCGGCUAUGUGGGGUGGAUUGCAUAUGCUUUGACGACUGUCAUUGAUCUCCACGUCCUGCACGGCACCUCAGAAUCAAACAGAACGACAGCUAGUACUAGUUUCUUCUCUUCAAUCCUCGUGGCCUUGUUCUCGGUCUUUUUGUACCAAAGCUCGCCGUGGAGGUAUUACCUUUAUGGAUUUUUUCCGAUUUUCUUCUGGGAAGAGGUCUUCGCUCGGAGAAAGGCAUUUCAUGCUGGGCGGGCGAUCCUUUUAGGUCACGUUCGUACAGUAGGAGAUCAUUUCUCUUUCGGAUUCCAGUUGUUGAUUUUUGUGGGCGUAUUGGAAGCGCUGGUGCAUUCUUACUUCCAGAGAGAGGUUUACACCGUUUUGUUCAUUUUAGGAGCAUUCUGGCCCAUCUUUUACGGCCUUUCGUUCUUGCGACAGCAUGCAGCACUUUGCGGUACAUGGGCUGGUGGCUGCCUUCUUAUGAGCACCUUUACUCUACUGCCUGCCAACAAAGUUGAAGAUAUCGACACAAUAACCUACGGCGGGGCUCUGAUGUUGCUCACUGGUCUGCUAUAUCUACUAUUUGAAGAUGACAUCCUUGGGUCUAACUGCCAGGCCGCUGCUGUCUCUCGAAAGGGUUCGCGGAACAUCAUGGGAAUGCAGCUUGGUAUGGUCUUGCUCGCGCUGAUUGUAACAAGAUCAAGUGCGGCCUCGCUUCAAGCGAGGCAAGGUCUUCCAUUCGGAAACCAGGUAGUCGGAUGGGUUGUUCUCGUUGCGUCACUUUUAUUACCGUUUUCCCACCGACUAUAUCCCAACAGCCACUACCUACACCGUCUAAUGAUCAUCUUCCUGACGUUCUCGCCGACCUUCAUAAUCCUCACCAUAUCAUACGAGGGUCUGUUCUACUUUGUGUUUUGCCUGACCCUGGUUACGUGGGUCCGGUUGGAACACGCUACUUACGUUUACACCGCGACCCUCGCCAAGCGGGCACAAGAGACAUCUGAACCACCUAAAGAUGCAAGCACAAACGCCACUGCAGUUGUAAACGGUGAAACAUACCGCUUCCGUGUACUCAGUGUUUCAGAUGCUCGUGUAGCUCUUUUCUUCUUCUUCCUUUUGCAAUCCGGAUUCUUCAGCACCGGGAAUAUCGCAUCGAUAUCCUCAUUCUCUCUGGAAAGUGUUAAUCGACUCAUCCCGGUGUUCAGUCCCUUCAGCCAGGGCGCCUUAUUGGUCCUCAAGCUGCUCAUCCCAUUCGCGAUCAUUAGCGCGAACUUGGGUAUUCUUAACCGUCGCCUGGAGGUAGCUCCGAGUGCCCUAUUCAUGGUGGUCAUGGCAAUUUCCGAUGUCAUGACGCUGAACUUCUUCUACAUGGUUCGGGACGAGGGCUCUUGGCUCGACAUCGGCACCACCAUCAGUCACUUCUGCAUUGCUAGUUUCCUGUGCACAUUUGUUGCUGUACUUGAAUUUCUCAGUGAAGUGUUCACCAGUGGGGUUGACUUUGAAACCGGCACCAGCGCAAUCACGGCGUCUGUUGCCAACACUGCCAACGGGACCGCGUCUGGAGUUCAGAGGAGUAUCCUUGACGACGUUGAGGAUAAACAAUGA